AUGGAGUUAUAUUUGUUCAAGACAAGCUGGCUACUGACCCAGAACACUGCUAGGACUGGCUUUUGGUUCUCCAUCUCUGGACAAUCUCUUUGGAUUCACUUUUCUAUCCUAUUUUUAUUUCACUUAACCAAACCCUUGCACUAUGGACGUAAAGAUGGAAAAGAUACAACUUUGAUCCUGACCAGAUUCAGGUUCCUGAGAGUCACAUAUCAAGGCAAAUGGUUUCCAGGCAUCACCUCUUUUUGCUACACUUUCAAAAAGGUCAUUUCCAAUAGAUGGGAGAAAAAAAUCAAAACAAAGCUCUCUACUACCAAAUUAAAUGAGUGA